CACAGUAACCACAAGAUUACGGACCACCCUCUUAAAGCCGCUUCAAGUACCAACACCAGUUCUUCGACUUCCUCUCUCUCUUUGUUCUUGCUUACUCACAGUAAUCACUCUAUCCUGUACUGCUUCUCCUACUGAAAUGAACACAUAGAAUAGAAUUCAGAUAAGGCAAGUAUUUUGUAAAACAAGUAUGUGGAAGGUUUGUUCCGAAGGAGAUGGGUAUCCUAGCAACUGGGCUCGUUGUUGCGACACAUGUCAUGCAGCACCCUGCACACUCUACUGCCAUGCUGACUCAGCCUACCUCUGUCACAGUUGUGAUGCGUAUAUCCACGCCGCAGAUCCCAUGGCUUCGCAGCAUAAGCGUGUCUGGGUUUGCACUGCAUGUGAAAAUGCUCCGGCUGCUUUUACCUGUCAGGCUGAUGAAGCAAACCUAUGCAUCAACUGUGACAUUGAAAUACACUCGGCCAAUCCAUUGUCGCGCCGCCAUAACAGGGUCCCAGUACUUCCUAUCUCAACUACUUACGUGGAGGAGUUUCAAGGCUCCCUGUUAAAAACAGAAAAUGAAGCCCAGGCGAACAAGAGUACAGUGGAAUUAGAAGAAGAUGAAACAGAUUCUUGGUUGCUGCUUGAUCUUGAUGAUAAUGACAGCCAGACUAAUAGUGGAUUUACUAAUGGUAAGGAUGUUGAUGAGUAUUUGGAUGUCAUUGAAUACAAUUUGUGUACCGAGUAUCAGUGCCAAGACCACAGUGAUCAGCAGCAACUUUCUGGUGUUCAUCAAGGAGAUAGCGGCAGCGAUAGCGUUGUACCAGUACAAUCUUUUGAGCCAAAGGACCAACAAGACCAUCAGCAGCAGCAACAGCAGAAUAUUUUAGUUGACAGCUGGUAUGAAUCCUCUAAAGCUGCUGUCAUCAACACCACUGCAAGCAAUCAGAAAGUCCCUGCGCCUUAUAUGAAUGCUGGCUAUUCACUGACAACAAGCAACAUUCCAAAUUCAUAUUCUAGAUUUCCAAAUGGCACAACUGACCUCCUUCCAAACACUUCACUAUUGAUGCCACUCCAAUUUACUCCACCAAACAGAGAAGCAAGAGUCCAAAGAUAUAGAGAAAGAAGGAAAGCAAGAAAAUUUGAGAAGAAAAUAAGAUAUGCAACUAGGAAGGCUAAUGCAGAGAAUAGACCCCGAGUCAAGGGCCGAUUUGCAAGGAAAACAGACAUGGAGUUUGAAGUGACUGAAGAUUAUGGAUAUGGAAUUGUUCCAUCAUACCAAGUAAAAUAAGGGAAGGAAAAUUGCUUCUGAGUGAUGGAAAAUGAGUUAAUGAUUUUAGUGCAACUCUAGCUAAUGUUGCUGUUGUUGUUCUGUUUUUUUUUU